AGUUCCAAGGAGGGUUUCGGGUCCGUGGAGAAGGUCGUGUUGCUCACGUUUGUCUCGGCGGUUAUCCUGAUGGCUGUCUUGGGGAACCUGCUGGUGAUGGUGGCUGUGUGCAGGGACCGGCAGCUCAGGAAAAUCAAAACCAAUUACUUCAUUGUGUCUCUUGCCUUUGCGGAUCUGCUGGUGUCCGUGCUGGUGAUGCCCUUUGGAGCCAUUGAGCUGGUCCAGGACGUCUGGAUUUAUGGGGAGAUGUUCUGCCUCGUCCGGACGUCUCUGGAUGUCCUGCUCACGACGGCAUCGAUUUUUCACCUGUGCUGCAUCUCUCUGGACAGGUACUACGCCAUCUGCUGCCAGCCUCUGGUCUACAGGAACAAGAUGACCCCUCUGCGCGUGGCGGUGCUGCUCGCAGGCUGCUGGGCCAUCCCCGUGCUGAUCUCCUUUCUCCCCAUAAUGCAAGGCUGGAAUAACAUCGGCAUAACUGACCUGGAAAGGACAUCCAAACCAAGACUGGGCCAGGAUUUGCAUGUGAUAGAAAAAAGGAAGUUCCACCAGAAUUCGAACUCUACGUACUGUAUCUUCAUGGUCAACAAGCCCUACGCCAUCACCUGCUCUGUGGUGGCCUUCUACAUCCCGUUCCUCCUCAUGGUGCUGGCCUAUUGGCGCAUCUACGUGACAGCUAAGGAGCACGCCCACCAGAUCCAGAUGUUGCAACGGGCAGGGGCCCCCGCAGAGGGCAGGCCUCCGUCCGCAGACCAGCACAGCACCCAUCGCAUGAGGACAGAGACCAAAGCAGCCAAGACCCUGUGCGUCAUCAUGGGUUGCUUCUGCCUCUGCUGGGCUCCGUUCUUCGUCACCAAUGUCGUGGACCCUUUCGCAGACUACUCUGUCCCCGGGCAGGUGUGGACCGCUUUCCUCUGGCUCGGCUACAUCAAUUCCGGGUUGAACCCCUUUCUCUACGCCUUCCUGAAUAAGUCUUUCAGACGUGCCUUCCUCAUCAUCCUCUGCUGCGAUGAUGAGCGCUACCGAAGACCUUGCGUGGCGGGCCAGACGGUCCCCUGUUCAACCACAACCGUCAACGGAUCCACUCAUGUGCUAAGGGAUGCAGUGGAGUGUGGUGGCCAGUGGGAGAGUCAGUGCCACCCGCCAGCAACUUCUCCUUUGGUGGCUGCUCAGCCCAGUGACACUUAG